AUGACGCUCGCACUCUCCAACCCUACCCUCAUCUCCAACCUCAUCAUAUCCGACAUUGCCCCGACGAACAAACCUCUCCACCCCGAAUUUGUAACGUACAUCUCAGCAAUGCAACACAUCAACAGCCUAGCCCUCGGCGUCAUCCGUACACGCGCGGAUGCGGGUCGGGCAUUGGCAGAAUACGAACCCGACCUCUCCAUCCGGCAAUUUCUACUAACCAACCUCGUCCUCCCUCCUCACUCCGCCCAUAUGCCCAGCGUGAGCACGGGUGGGGCUUACACCAAACCAAGAUUCACGCUCCCCCUGGACCUCCUCAGCUCAUCUUCCCCACACCGCUCAUCUUUGUAA